CUUCACUCCCGCGGCGCCUCACAUGGACUAAGAGCAGAGCGCAGUUUCUCUCCGUUUGAAGAACGGCAGCAGGAGGAGCCCUGAAGUAGACUGGUGGCCAUGUGGGAGUCUGGAGGUCUGGUGUGGUUCCCUACACUGCGCCUUUCCCAGAGGCCUUUGGGAGUCACUACAGUGGUGCAACAGCUGUCCGGGGCCACACAUUUCCCUAACGGAAGCACACAGAGCAGCUGUACAUCACCAUGGAUAAUUACAGCAAAGCAAAGAGCCUGUUAAACACAAAACAGGACACGUCCAUGGUGUCUAAUCUUUCAGCGUAUCAGUCAUUAGAAGCCUUCUCUUCCACAAAGGAGAAGCGAGGGAUGAUGAGAGGAGGACAGGAGGAGACAAAGGCCGAGAAGAAAGAGUGGAUUUGAUUAAAGGGAUGCGUUCAUUCGCGCUCUCUGUACGGUGCUAGUGGAGAGGGUUGAGGCAUGAGCCAUGAGCCAAAGUCGCCAUCGUUAGGAAUGAUCUCCACGGCAACACGCACCACGGCGACCGUCAGCCCUCUCACCCCCUCCCCCAUCGGCGGCACAGUUCUGGCCAAUGGGAAUACGGCUUCCCAGUCCGCUCAUUCCGGAUUUGCCGCUGCUCUUCGCAAACUGGCCAAGCAGGCAGAGGAACCCAGAGGCCCUACCUCCAUCAGCGGUGAAUCAUCCCCCGUUUCCUCUCCAGCCACCAAUCACAGCUCACCAGUGGGCACACCCAAGCGAGGUCCCCUAGCACCAGGACAAGGUCUUGCGGCCCCUUCUGCUGCCCUUGGUGUGUCGAGUACACCGCCCGUAGUUACCAUCGCUCCUACAAAAACAGUCAAUGGCAUGUGGAGGAGUGAAGGAAGACAGUUUGGAUGGUUGAGGUCACUGAAAGGUCACAGUGCCACCAGCAAUCAUCUCUGUGCUGAUGCUGCUUUGAGAGGACCUGCUCGAGAUCCUCCUCCUCAUCCUUCUCAUACGUCCCAGGAGAAGAGUGUCUCCUCACUUCCCCCUCACCUAAUGGGGGCGCCAUAUCCAUUUGGUCUAAACCCCAAUGCAGUAAUGCAGGAUCCUCGUCUACAAGCCAUUAAUUUAUCACGUCAGAUGCCUCAUGUUCUGCAGUCGGGGGCUGUACCAGUUGGUGCACUGCCUUUGGGGGCGGUGCCAGAGGAAUACCUGCGCAGCGGGUUCCGUCCAUAUGGUUCUGCUGAGGAUUUGAGAUUAUCUUCACUCCCGUUAGGGCUGGACCCCGGGUACUUUCGCUCAGGAUAUCUUGCCUACCCUGCCCUAUCUUCAUACAGAAUGGAUGAGUCCCUCUGUUUAUCUGCCCUGCGCUCGCCCUACUACCAGCUGCCAGCGGGGGGAGCCUUGCCCUCUCUACAUCCCAGCACUGCUCACCUCCACCUGCCAGGGGUGCGCUACCCGGCAGAGCUCAGCCAUCAGUCUCUGACAGCUCUGCAGAACGAGAGGCUGCAGAUGGAGGACAAGCUUCGCCAGCGUGAGAGAGAGCGCGAGAGAGAGCGAGAGAAGGAGAGAGCUCACGAGGUAGAGCGAGAGAAAGAACGAGAGCGGGAACGAGAGCGGGAACGAGAGCGCGUGCGGGAAAGAGAAAGGGAAAGGGAGGAGGAAAGAGAGAGAGAGCUGGAGCGACAAAAAGAGAGAGCAAAAGAGAGAGAAGUUCAGGCAGUCCGGGCCAUGGAGAAGCACAUCUUGAGCCAGGAGCUACAAUCACACUCUAACACACACUCUCACAGGCAGCACAUAGAAGACCGAGCCAAGCUUACACCAAACCGAGCAGAGAAAACCAAAGAGGCCUCACUUCUUGCACCAAAGCCUCUGCAGCCUGGCUUGUAUUCCUCCCCGGGUGGCCCCGCUCCACUUCCGAUGCCCAGCCUGGUACCCACCCCUGGCGAGCGGUUAGGGCCGGGUGCUGUGCUUCUUCAGCGCCAGGGAGAGGAUGAGAAAUGGCUGGCACGCCACAGAAGGCUUAGAGCGGACACAGCAGACAGACAGGGCCCUGAGUGUUCACAGCACAACACAGAGCCAGAGGCACAUGAACCACAGGCGGAUACACAGAGGCCUAACUCGCGCCACCAAGACUUGAAUAGCAGAGAGCUACCUCACCACCUGGGAGCGCCACCUCCUCUUAUCUCCCCCAAACCCACCCUUCCUAACCCUCCCACCACUCUCUGGAAUCCUGUGUCCCUCAUCAACGCUCCCUCACACUCACGUCGAUCAUAUGACCCUCCUUUUCCUCCAAGUCGUCCACCUCCAGGAUUGACUAAACCCGAGUGCCCAGACAGAGGCCUUCCUUCAAGGACACCAAGCCACUUCGAGCCCAGCUCCUUAAUUACGGAGCAGGAGAAGUCAAGCCAGAGCAUUCUGAACAAGCAGAGACUCCCUUGUCCCUUGCUUGCUCCCUUUUCAGAGCUCAGGGGAACUAAAAGAGCAGGGUCCCCCAUCAGAAGCUUCCCUCAUUGUCCCCCACGAGAACCAGCACUGGUGUUUGAUCACACACUGCAGCAGUACAGAACUCUUCUGAGCAAACUUGACAUGGAGGAGAAAAGACGCAGGGAAGCGAGAGAAAAAGGUUAUUACUAUGAGCUGGAUGACUCUUAUGAUGAGAGUGACGAAGAAGAAGUUAGAGCUCAUUUGAGGAAAGUGACUGAACAGCCUCCUCUCAAGCUGGACCAGUCGAAAGAGAAACUGGACUACUUGGCUGUGUUUGGAUUGACCACACUGUCCCAGCGGGAUGAGCUUUUGGAGAGAAAGAGAAAGAAGAGGAGAAAGAUGAUGAGGGAGCACAGCCCAUCUCCUAUACCUGCUCAAAGUAAACGUCAGACUCCACCCACACCCACGCCCACUCUGUCCACCCGAUACACGGCCGACGAAAUGGACAGAGCACCUGAACUAGAGAACAAGAAACAUUUCCUCAACAUGUUCAACCUGAACCAUGUCAGCCAAGAGCGAAGAAUAGAAAAAGAGAAAGUAGUGAAUCUAUUAAAUGCCAUCAAAAAGAAAACUGUCACUCUCGACACACUCCGAUAUGCUACGUACACACCCUGCUCUAGCCCUCCCACUACUGCCUCUGAUCCUACAGCACCCUCCACACCCUGCCAGUCAAAUGGAGAACCCCACCCAAAUUCCCGUAGCCCCACUCCUCCUAGACCUGCCAGGCACCCUCAGAGUGUCAGCCAGCCAGACCUUCACAGACCUUCACAACCCUCUGAGCUUUUACGCCCUAAAGAGCCCCCUCCACUCGCCCCCUUGCAGGACCAGCCUCGUUUAGGAGAAGCCGCACCAAUCAGGAGAACAACAGGCCUGCAGAAAAGCUCCAGACCUCCAGUCACACAGCUAAAGCAGCGGCCUCAUGGGCUAAACGGCCUGACUGAUCACAGCAGGUCCCAACCCUGGGAGAACCUCAGUGCAGAGGAGUUUGCGCAACACUUCCACCAGUCUGUACUGCAGUCUACACACAAGUCCCAGCACAAACCCAAAGCAGGAAGUGUUCCAGGACCCCCUGAGCCAAACCACAAGGUUAACAACGUUGUAUGUUACAACCCUCCAGAGCACCAGGGGAUGCCGAACCGACUACCUUACUCUCAUACCAAUGGCCACUCCUGCCACCCUGCAGCCCACCAUGAGUCCGGGCUGAGUGAUGAGCGAUCGGCUGAUGAAGACUCAAGUGAGGAAGAUGAGGAGGAGGAGGAGGAGGAGAAGGAAGAGGAAUACAAUCCGAAAUGGAAGGGUAUUGAGGCCGUAGUGGAAGCAUAUCAGGAGUACAUAGAUGAGAGGGAUAUAGAGAGUGAGGUUCUGCAGAGUGAGUGUAGGAGAAUGGAGGCUCAGCACUAUCACCUGAGUGUUACAGCUGAUCAGCUCUCUGUCACUAUGGGGGAGCUGUUGUCGCAGAGGCAGCGGCUGGCACUCGAUAGGGAGCGAAUGCAGGCUGAACUGGAACACUUCAGGAAGUGUCUGGCGUUACCUGCUCUGCUCUUACACAGGGCUCACUAUAAGGGGCCGCCACCGAGGUGAUCCGUCUCACCCUGCCCUCUCUCGAUUAGGGAUCUGGGCGACCAGCACCCAGUUCCUCACCUGAGACUGAGAGCCUAGAGCUACACUUAAGGUUGAGGGUGAGGAUGAAGAUGAAGCUAAAUCAAGCACAAGCUUGUGCACUGCUUUACCAACAUAAAGAGAAGACUGUUGGUUCCAGUGAAACAGUGGGAAGCCCAUCCUCAUCUCCAGCUUUAGAUUCUUGUGUGCUAGAAAGAAUAGAGCAUUUUUUUACAACCAAAAAAAGAAAAUCACAGAAGCUGCUGUAGAACUGGAGAGAGAGCGAGACUGACGGAGCCACACAUGCCCGAGGUCUCAUCCUUCUUUCCUGCACUUCAACACAAACUGUUCUUAUCACUGUGGCAUACGAGACGUGGACGAUUCAGAACAUUACUGAUAGAAGCAGCGUUGAAAUUGAAACAUCAUUGCUUUAAGAAAAGUGAACAAAAAUGCUCAAAAACAUUAAUAGUUGAAUAGUUUUUGUACUAUUAAUAAAUUACACUAUGUUUACUUUGGGUUUCAAUAUUAUUCCAAGGCCAGGGAUUUCAAAAUGAGAGCCGUCUGGGUGAGGAGGAAAGAAGGAACGAGGAUCAGAAAGACAGAAAAGUAAACCAAAUGAAGGAACCCUGUAAAUAAGGACAGAAGGAGACCGGGAAAGAGACAUGCGAAAGAGAUGUGAGUGCAGUGCUGAUGCACAAUGUCCCGACAUCAGUAAAGCUCUCUGUCUGUCUAAUGCACUGAGCAGCGAGCAGCACAUGAGCUGUGAUCUAAACUCCUCCCUCCUACAGCUAUUCUCACUCUUCACUUGGAGCCACAGUCUGACAUGUGAAGUGCCACAGUAUUUUUUUACUGAUCGUUGCUGUACACAAGCACUUACUGACCCGCUGCAUGAGCGUUACUGAACUGCACAGCAGUCUACUAACUGCAGUGAAAUGUUUACACACUGUGUUCUCGCCACAGAGAGAGAGACAUUCCUGUUCCCAUCAUGCACUAGGCACAAAAGAAAAAAAAAGCAACUGGGCGCCAGUGGUAUAUACUGAUGUAAUUCUUUAUAAUGAAGUCUGUAAGAAACAGGACACCAGUUUUGAAAUCUUGAUUUUAAAUUAGGACAAAGCAGAGCUACGAUAUUAUUAAGAUGAUGUAAGAUUCACUGAUAUUUUAAUGCUGUGAAAAGUUUUAAUUGUACCUUUUUUUUAUCUGGAUGAAGUGUGAGGUAAUAUAUUAUUUGGUGAAUGUAGUAAUAGUUAUUUAUGAACAUAUUAAAUCUGAAAAUAAAAAAACAAACAAAUAAA